CAAGGAAUUCCAGAGAAGUGGGCCGAAAAGUCAAAAGACUUGUCGAAAAUGUAUAUAAAGGGUUGAGAUUUCCAACAUCUCAAGGAAGUUUUCUUAACUUGAAUCAUCAAACUAUUUACAAAAAGAGUUUACACAUAUACAACACAUUUCAAUUAGACAUAAUGACAGACGCAGCAACUAUCGCAUUCUACAAAGGUGAAAGUCAAGAUUUCCUUGUCUUCGUUGAAAGUGAACAAGCUGUUCAAGAUUAUUUGAAAGAUUCCACAAUCCCAUUAGUUGAUGCCGUUGGCACUUUUAAAGUUUACACUUCAGAAAGUGGUAGAGGUGUUGAUGGUGUUUUACAUGAAGCUGCUAAAAGAGAUCUAGAGAAUCAAUUUGGUAAGGUUCCAAAGGAAGAGAUUAUUGAAAAAAUCUUGAAAGAAGGUGAAUACCAAAAGAAUAAGAAUAUUGGUAAGAAAAGUUGGGGUUCAACAAAUGAUGCUAAUGGUGUCAACCAUUAAGCAAUUUUAAUGAUGAUGCAUGACUACAAGUAUAUUUGAUUUUUAUUUAACGCAAUUGAUUUUUUAUCAUUUUUUAAUGCUCAUUAUUCAUGACUGAUUUAAAUGCACCUCCAAAAACAAUAGAUGUUCUACGAAAUAUUGAAA